AACCUUUGUAAUUGUCAUUUUUUUAGAGUUUUUGAUUAAAGAAACGAAACAUCGUUUCGAUAAUGAACGUUUUGACCUUUAAUCGCAUUUAUUACUAUUUUAUUAGAUGUCUGUUCAUUUCGUCGUUGGUUUUCUGUCACGAGUAUAGGUAAAAGCGACCUUAGAAUUCAAUGGUUCUAUUAGGUUGAUAUAUUAUUAAUAAUCUAUUUUUAAAUCAAUAUUAGAAGAUUUGUAAAUACCUAAUAAUUGCAUCAUGUCGAAAGUGCCGCAAAAAACCAUAUUUACCUACGAAACCAUGGUACAUGCGACUGCAGGGGCUGCUGCUAGUAUUAUCGCCAUGAGUAGCGUUUAUCCACUAGAUAUGAUCAAAUUUAAAAAACAACUCGAAGAUAAAGAAGUAACGGAAAAAUCUACAUUCGAUGCUGUAAUGCAUGUAAUUAAUACUGAAGGAAUAGAAUCUCUGUACCGGGGUAUCAGUCCGGUAGUUCAAACUUUAGGGGUGUCAACUUUCGUAUAUUUCUACACAUUCCACGGGUUCAAAUCGUUGAUUCCCAAGGAAAUGAUUAGUUCUCGAACAGAUCUGCUAUUAAGUAUUUUCGCUGGUGUCGUGAAUGUCCUCACAACAAAUCCCUUAUGGGUGGUCAAUAACAGGCUGAAACGAAAAGACGAGGACUUGCAAUUCACGGGUUUACUCGAUGGCUUGGUGCAUAUAGCAACAACAGAAGGAAUUUCGACGCUUUGGAACGGCGUAAUGCCUUCGUUACUUCUAGUAUCGAAUCCAGCCAUUCACUUUACGAUAUACGAAGCUUUGAAGAGAAGAGUCAACGUGAAAACUGCCACUGCGUUCUUCCUUCUAGGGGCUAUCUCGAAGACUGUAGCGACAGUUCUGACUUACCCGUUGCAAGUUGCUCAAACGAGGCAGAGGCUCAUGAAAGGGCCUAGAUUAAGUACAGCGGCGCUGUUGUUGAUGUUGUUGAAGAAAGACGGUCCCGGCGCUUUGUUCAAGGGACUGGAAUCUAAAUUGUGGCAAACCGUGUUUGCUACGGCGUUGAUGUUUACGACUUACGAAAAAAUAACGCAUUUCGUGUUUCAAUUGCUCCUAGGAGCUUCGAAACGGAAAGCUUUGUCCAAGUAAUUGAGUGAGAUUUGAUUUAGGGAGUUAGGGAAUUUUGUUAUUUGAUUUAUGAAAUCGUUAGUUUCAGUACUUUAAUUUAUAGAUUAUUUAACUAGCAAAGUGAAAUAUUAAUGUAAAAUAGGAAAAGUAGGUCUACCAAGUAUGUUUGUAAUCGAUAAUUACUUCAAACAUGACACCAAAUUAUUAUUUUAAUUUUUUUUGUAAAUCGAUAAUGAAAAGUAUGCUAAGAAUGUUCUGAUAAAACUCUGUUUUUAUCAGAAUUUAUAAACAUCCUAAAGUACAAAUUAUGUAAGAGCGCCAAAAUUUAUAUUUUUGAAAAAAUUAAAAGCCUUGCGAAAAUUGAUUUUUUUAUUAGCAACGAGGAACAUAUUUCCUAUCCAACAUCAAACUAGUCGUAAUUAUUAUAAUACUUUCACUCAGACUAUUACUGUAUAACUCCUAAACAAACGGGAAGUAAUCGUAAUAAAAAUUAAACAAUGGAAUAACAUCAAUUUAAUAUUGCAAGAGAAAACAGUUGUACUAAAAUACUAUUGAAAGUGUUACUUUUUAUAAUCACAGGAUGAGACUAUUCGAUGUAAAAACUAAAGGUAGAAAAAAAAUUAAAAAAACUACAUUCACUACUCGUUUUUUUUGGAAAAGGUUUAGUUCACUUUCAUCUUUGCGUUUAGGGUAAAGGAACAUGCUAAAUUGUACAACAGUGGAAUACGUUCAAUUAACAAAUAGAGAAUUAAGAGGUAGAUUACAAUUCCUAUUGUUAAGACGAGAUCAAACACUGCUGGUUUUACACUAAAAAAAAAAUAAGUAUAAGUAUAUUUACCCAAAAUUAUUAAUAAUUUUUCUUUACCUAUACACAUUAACAGUUCCGCUGGAUAAUUGGUAAAAUUGAAAAUCUGGAUCUCUCUUAUCUGGUACAGCGUUGGUUAUUCUAACGUCCCGUAGGAAUUUAUUGAAGGUAUCUUUAAAGGUAGCUACUAAUAGAUUGUCUUUUGUACUCAAUAUUUGCGGAGAUCUCGGCUGCUUAGCCAGAAAAUCAAUCCACG